AUGUCAUACAAUCAAUUUCCCAACCGAAGACGAGUGAUACAAGCAUGCGUCAACUGCCGCAUGCGCAAGACGCGCUGUGACGCUGCCCAGCCAAGAUGCGGCCUCUGCGCUUCACAGAAUGUCGAUUGCGUCUACCGAGAUGCGAAACAACCCAAGAUUGACUACAACACUCAAGUCCUCCUGGAGCGGAUGCAGCUUCUCGAGGACCGCAUCCUUUCGUCAAAUUCAUCUUCGCAGGCUCAGAGAGCUCCGCUGGAAGCGUCACCUAUGACCCAUCAUGAUCCACAGCAUGACUCAACCGCUGAGGGUCGAGAGCCUGUGUUUGAAGUUCAAAUACCUCUGUCACAUACGGCCAACGCCAAUCACGUUUUCUCAUGGAGCUUGGUCCAGACACUGCUAUCAGAGAACAGCACAGAUCAACAGGACUUGCUGAGGUAUGCAGAUGCAACUGAAGUUUUCUUUCAAGAGCAGCAGAACAGCAAACAUCCCUCAACCACGUCACAGCCUCCUUCCUCGUGGAAGCUCUACGAUAGCUCAUACUUUAGCUCAUGCCCUGACGAUGGUGUUGCUCGACUGCACGACUUGAUUCACCUCUAUUUUACAAAAGUCAACAUUUUCUUCCCUCUGCUAUUGAAGAACGAUAUUCUGAAGAUCUUCGAGAGUGUAACAGCGAGAGAGGUUUAUGGAAAUGAAGAGACACCGAUGGUUAAUAUGCCGCAAUAUGGUCUGCUUCUCGUGGUUCUUUGCCUGGCACUGUUGAGUUCGAGUGGGCAGUCUGACAUAUCCAUCGAAAAGAACUAUAAACCACUCUUAAAUAGCGCAAACAUUCCUGAGGAUCAGCUGAGAAGCGAACUUUGGAGCAAAGUGAGAUUUGUACUGGGUUACACCUCUACUGAUAUGUCAUUAGAAGCUGCUCAGACCAGCAUGCUCGCUAGCAUCUACAUGGGUGCAUCAGGUGCAGUAGCAGAAGCUUUUUACUGGGCGCACGCAACGGCCGUCAAGUGCGAGACCAUGGCCCGAUUGCAAACAAAGAACGAGAGUAUCUCCGACGGCUUCCGUCGCUUGUACUGGAUAUCCUUCAUAUACGAAUGUGACUUCAUAUCCGAGAUAUCCAUUGUAUCACCAUCUGGUAUAGCAAGAUAUGAAGAUAAAAUCCCAUACCCAGCCUUUACUGCUGAAAUCCACCCUAUCUCGCCAUCCGCACCAGAGUCAUCAGAAGCAACCUCGAUAAGAAGCCAGGAAGAGCUCGUCGCGUUUCAAAUAACCACAAACUCCGCCAUCAGACGCUUUCUGAACACUGUCAACAGUGUUGUUUAUGAUGAUAAGGAGCAGUUUCGUACCAGGCGAUCAAAUUACGCAUCUUGGCUGCUCAGAAUAUCGGAAGAUCUCUGGUCACAUCACUCUGCCAUUUACCGCAAUCUCCCUGAGUUCCUCUUGAGCAAUCCAUCCCAAGACAUUCCAAUGACGGGUGCCGACACAAGCUCUCCUGCGAGUCUGCAAUCACCAACGGCGCGUAUCCAGGGCAUUCCAGUCGGUAAUAACUCAUGGAACAUCUUGAGACUCAAGGGGAGAUACUAUGCAGGCCAAUACAUCAUACACAGGCCUUUCAUCGAGUUCAUCGUUCUCAACAUCGACAACUUCGAAUCGCAUCCUUGCAAAGACGCAGUCCUGAAACGGUCCAAGUCUUGUUUGGAUGGAUGCACUGGGUUUAUCAAGGUAUUUGAUGUCCAGACGGUGAAUAGCUUGACAUGUUUAUUCCCCACUGGGAUGGUGUGA